AUGGCGCGACGAGGCAAGGCUCCUCAUGUGGCGGCGGCGGUGUCAGUUCACAGUAUCAGUGAGCUAUCCGUCGGCCGUCACCGCACGCGCGGAGGAAAAAGAUCAACCUCGAUCUCGAGGAAGGGCAAGCGACAGCCGGCGCCGGCGGCGAUUGCCGGUAUUAGGUUCGGCCGUUUCGGAAUGUCACCCACUACUACUCCCAGGAGGAGAUGGGCCUGGAGGAAGCGACUACCCAAGGCCAAUAAUGGUGAGGGGUCAAUCGUGUCAGGGCCCGCCAAUCUCUGCUCCUCCGCACAGAUCGCCGCCGGUAUAGCCAUAGACGACAUUGAGCAAGCAGGCAUUGCCAAGAAGCAAAAAACAGUUUCCCAGAAGGGCGUGCUUGUGAAGAAUCAUCUUAAAGUCAAGAAGAAGCUGAUCCCUCCACACAAGGUCAAGAGCAGCACUUCUGAUGAGUAUUCUUCUGAAUCUGAGGACGAGACAACUCUUUUGCAGUCCAAGGAUGAUUCUGAUCAUUGUUCUGAUGACAGUGACGAAGAGCCUCCACAAAAGAAGCCUAAUGGUUCAUCUUCUGGUGCUGCCAAGCCAGCCUCCAAGGAUGCCAAGAAAGAAAGCAGUGGUGAUGAUCACAGUUCUGAAGAGAGCUCGAGCAGUGAUGAGCAAAAUGAUCAACAGGUGUCAGUGGCAAACUCCAAGAAGAAUGAAGUACGGAAGCAAUUUUUUGAGGAGGCGGGUGAGGUUAUUGAUAUUCAUUUUGCUACCUCUGAUGAUGGGAGCAUCAAGGGUUCCACACAUGUUGAAUUUGCUACAACUGAAGCUGCUGAAAAGGCAUACAAAUUGAAUGGGCGUGAUUUGGCGGGGAGGCCUGUCAGGCUUGAUUUUGGUCGUGAGCGAGGAACGAUUUCUCCUAGCAGCAGGAGGGACAAUAGUUCUUUCAAGAAUCCUGGUCAAAGCUCUAGCCAUGCUGCCUUUAUUAGAGGAUUUGAUUCAUCUCUUGGGAAGGAUGAGAUCCGAAGUUCACUUCAACAGCAUCUUAGCUCAUGUGGAGAGAUUACAAGAGUUUCAGUCGCAAAGGAGUAUGAUACUUGCGCAAGCAAAGGUUCUUUGCCCAAAGUGCUCGAGCUGACCGGAUCUGACCUUGGAGGCUGCAGCUUGUCGGUUGAUGAAGCCAAGCCCAGUCCAGAUAACAGAGAUGACGCCGAUAGUGACAGGGGCCACGGUCAGAGUGGUGCACCUCCCAGCUCCCAAUUGUAUGGACUAUGGAGUGAUCUUGGUGUUGUUUGA